AUGGACGUGGACCCUGCCUACGCGAAGGAGUCGCACCUAGGCAUCAUUCUGGGUGUCCAGACAGCCCUGACAGUCACUGCGGUCACGGUCGUCGCCUUACGGCUCUAUGUUCGCAUCAAGAUCACCAAAACCCCCGGAAGCGAUGACUGGACAAUGGCGGCCGGCGCAGUAUGUGCCAUCGUCGGGUGGGCCCUAAUCAUCGACCAGGGCCACUACGGCCUCGGUCGUCAUGCUGCGGUGAUCAGCCAAGAGAACCGCAUCAGACUUGUUCAAGGCAAAUUCUGGCAGAUCAUCUUCUGCUCUGCUGCCGGUAUCGCGCUGGUCAAGGUGUCUCUGGCUCUGAGUCUGAUGCGGUUCAGUCUGACCCGCUGGUAUACCUGGAGUUUGUGGGCGAGCAUUGUGUUUGUCUCGGCUUACAGCUUCCUGGCCGCCAUGACCUUUUUCCUGCACUGCCGGCCCAUGAAGGCACAUUGGGAUACGCGGAUCAAAGGGGCCCAGUGUUAUUCCCUUCAUCUCUUCGUGAUCUUCGGCCUCAUCAACACGGCCUUCAAUAUCUUCACUGAUGUUUUGUUCGCCACGUUGCCUAUUCCAAUCGUGUGGAGGUUGAAGAUGAAGCGCAGGGUGCGGAUAUAUCUGACUGGCAUCCUGAGUCUCGGUUAUAUAGCGGUCGGCAUGGGUAUCCUCAAGACGAUCUGGCAACUGGCAUAUGCGAAGAAUCCCGAUCGUUAUUUAGCUCAGUUCAAUACGGCCAUCCUCGCCGCCUCCAUUCCCUCCCUGAAGCCACUGUUCAAUCGCUUGCUGCACCUUUCCGACUCGCGAUCCCGCGACCAGUACGACAGUCGCCCCCGUGGCCAGAACUCGGGAAUCCAAUCGACGAACGGAGGGAGGAGUCCGAUGUGGUCGCAACAUCGAGGAGAUCAAUACGCGCUUCAGGAGCUGGAGAGCAAUGACUCGAGCAAAAAAUCCGACCCGAUCGAGUUGACCACCGUCACACAUCCCAAAACGGCCGGCACGUCCAGUAGGGGUGGCGACCGGCACGAGGGACAUUCCGCCGAAGAUGAGCAGGCCAUUCUCACGGAAUGGCCCCCCGCUGCUCGAGGUCGUGGUGGCAUUUGGAAGACUACCGAGGUUAUUGUCCGAUAG